AUUUUUUUAAAUAAUAUUAGAUCUAACAGGACUUUAUUACUGCGUGGCUUGGAUAUUUUCUCGUUUCAUUUAAACAUCUCAGUGACGAACGUCGCUGUACGAAAUUUUCCAACCGUUAAACUUUACGUACGAAUUCAUGGAAAUUAUGCCCAGAAUUAAGGAAAAUAAAGAACAAUUUACGUGUGCUAAACAGACGGAAUCUGACCGUAAAAGUGGACGUAAUAUUUAAUAGAAACCAAAUGAUAUAUAGUACUUCUUUCUGAAUAAAAUACAAUCCUUCACAAACCUUCUAUGAGGCAUGGGUCGCAACAAGAAGAUGACCCAAGGGACAUCAGAGAUAUCAUCUCUCAGGAAAAAGCUUGAAAAGAGAGAAAAGGAGAUUACCAAAAAGGAUGAGGAGCUUGCCAAGAAGGAUGAGGAGAUUACCAAAAAGGAUGAGGAGCUUGCCAAGAAGGAUGAGGAGAUUGCCAAGAAGGAUGAGGAGAUUGCCAAGAAGGAUGAGGAGCUGGCCAAGAGUGAAAGAAAGAACAAGAAGUUAUGUGAGCAGAAUGAAUUGCUCAGAAAAAAAAUAAUUACGAAGGGUGCCAGUGAUUUUCAACCCACAGUUGACCUGAUGCUGAAUGAUGUUGUAGCGAGUGAUGCACCAAAUGUUAUAGACACUCAUGGACAAUGUUUAGGUGCACAAGGUGGCUCUUAUACCCCAGCACAAUCUUCUUCUGAUGAGCCAUUGACCACAGAAUAUGAUAUUUAUGAACCAAAGAGUUUUUACACAAGUGAUUGCGAAUCUGAUACUGUACCUAAUGACUGGGAAGAGCGAUGGGAAGAGCCAGAGUCCAAUAACUUACUGAAGCAGGUUGAAUUGCUCAGAGAAGAUGUUCUCUCCCAGGGUGCCAGUUGUUCUCAACGUACAGAAGACGUGUUUUUGAAUGAAGCUACAGCGAGUGAUGCAGCAAAUGUCAUAGAGCCUCGUGGACAAUGUUUAGGUGCAGACAGUGGCUCUAAAACCCCAGCACAUACUCCUUCUGAUGAGCCAUUGAACACACAAGAUGUUGAUGAUGCAGACAUUUCCCAUCUCUGUGCCUACCAUGAGCCUUGCACCUCACCAGAAGCUAAGGCACCUACAAACGAAACUAGUAGGCCAUCAAUACCUGCACCAGCAGCUAUUGAAGACAUAUUUUGGCCUUCACAAACACUUGAUUCUUGUUACCAAGAACUGCCGAAGGAUUGGCUGCCCCAAAAUGUGCCAGAUGUGUUUUCUAUCAAACAGUUCAUGAAAUUAAAGCUUCUUCCAUUCGGUAUUGUUGUCUUUUUGAUAGCUAGUUUGCUAAAGUUGUUAAAGAAAGUUCAUGUCAAAGGAAUUUUGAUCAAUAAUUUUAGUGUUGAGAAUAUAUGCCUGUGUAAGAUUGAUGGAUGUUCAGUACUGAAGAUUCUCAACCCAAACAUGCAAGCUACAUCUAUGCCCAUGGAUCUGUCAAAACCUAUGUUAGAAAGGUGUCAAUCAGACUUGAUUCAACUUGUUAUAUUUUGUUCGGACAUCAUUACAAACUUUAAAGGAAGCAAGGCAGUAACCGGUAAGGACCAUGAUAUUUAUUUUGGUGUGUUUCAGAAAUUUAAAACAAAUGGUAUUUACUCUAAAUGCAAUGCAUUCCUAGAAUAUUUUAUUCUUACAAGUGCUUACAUGAAAGAGUUGCAUCCCCUGCUUAAAGAAUACAUUAAGAACCCAAACUUUACAUUUUUGUAUGAGGGCAGAAGCCUGCACCUGUUCAAGGAAACGGAGCAUUCCUGUAUGCAUUGCAUAAUGAGGAUUAUCUCCCAAGAUAUACAAAAGGCACCUCGAAAUGACAUUGAAUAUUUACAAAAGAAAUCAGUAUUUGGUACAACAGACUGGAAACUUCAUGUUGAUGAGCAUCUGGUCAAAGAUUUUGAAAUGGGGGAGAACGCCAGGUAUUCUGGUAAGAAAGUGACAGAUUUAUUUAGAUUCUGCAAAAACACCUUGAGCCAUUUGGUAGAGCGAAGAAACCAACAUGGCGAGUUCAAUAAAACAUUAUGUAGGCUAUGUAUACAUAAUGAUAUAGAAUUCAUGGAUUACAUAGAAAGCAAAAUUCCGAAACUGCCAUUUCAUGUUUUGUCUGGGAUUUAUAUGUACCUACAAAAGAAAGUGACCAACUUUGCCAUUGACUAGGAGCUGUCUAAACAAAUCAGAAUAUUCUUUCAGUAGCCUGUUAAAUCCUUUAAGAUGUGCCAGGUACGUGUCAUUAAUGACCCAUGGCAUUAUAUUUAGUUUUUGUUUCGAUGUUGGAUUAAUGUAAGCUUAAAAUCCCUGAGUGCAAAGAGGUUUACAACCAAACUUAAAUAUAGAUAAUUUAUUUUGAUAAUGAAGCAAUAUAAUUCUCUGCUUGUGAGUAAAACGAAUAGAAUCAAUAGCUCUGACGAAGUAUAGGUCAGAACAAAUGUCUUUACGUGUUAUGAGCGAAAUUGUGCUGGUCAUUUGAGUGUAAAGGACAUGUGGUAUUUGAGUAAGGGUGGUUGGUUAUAUUGGCAAAUCAGUUUCAGGUCUAACUUCUAACAGUGACCAUUGAUUUUAUUCAAAUUCGAAAAAUAUUUAUAGAUUUAUAGACAUGAUUGAAAUUUGUUUCUCACAUGCAUGCAUACAUGUCUAGAUGGAUUCCGUACUUCCUGUAUUCUGAGGAAUGAAUUAGGGGUUAUCUGUUUUAGUUAAGCCCUAGGUGCAUCGCUACGUUAACACGUUUUAUCCACUCAACUGGGUGUUUUUCGUGGGCGGCUGUCAUUCCUAUGAAGGAUAUAUGAUGAAACCUGUAUCACCAUUGUAAUUAUAAAGAGGCGCAAUUUUGACACAGAAUUAAUUUUAACUAUUUGUAACUAUUGACGCCUAGUAGUGUACAUGUUUGAUUAGGGCAUGUGCCGGAUGGGCCGGCAGAAUUCAGACUUAAUGGAUAGAAGAGAGAAAAGAAAAGAGCAGUUUGUUUGAACUUUACAGUGUUUAAGUAUUUAUGUUGAGUGUAUGUUUGUUGCUUGUAUGUGUUUAUAUAUGCCACUCUGCUCCAACAUUUUCCAAAAUAAAUCAACGUCUUGCCCACUGCAAACAUGUGUUUGCUUUUGAGUGAAUAUUAUUAAUGAUUUCAAAUUCACUUUAUCAGCAUUGAACUCAAGUGUUGAUGAUCGUGCUUCUGUCAAAAUCAACUCCUUUGCCAUUACUGGUGAUUAAAAAAUAAUGAAAUCAAAAUGUAAUAUUUUUUAAUUUGCGCUUUCUUUUUUGAAUUUGUACCAUAGCUGUUGGGGAGCAUACAUCAUUUACAAUGAUAGCCUAUUAUUAUUUAUUUUUUAAUGACUAUUGAUAUAUUUGCCAUCAAUGACCUAGUUUAUGUUGCUGUGUUUGUAUGGAUUAUAGUUAAGUUAGUUGUAUAUGAAUGAAGUAGUUAUGAUUGCAGGUAAUGCUUUAAGUUUUGUUGAUUUUUCUUUUUAUUCAUUCAUUGUUAUAUUUGUUCAUGUUUUUUUCAUGUUUUUAUUUAUAUGUGUAUGUACCAUUGUAAAUAUUUGUAAAUAUUUUUUUCAUCAUGGGCCAUAUAUGGCUUAUUGUAUAUGAAAUAUACCUUCUCUAUAAAUGAUUUAAAAUCACAUGACACAAAUCCUCUCAACAUUGAAAUAAAGUGUUGAUUAUCAGGCUUCUGUCCACAACCAAUUCCUUUGCCAUUUGUGUAACAUGUAGUUAAAAAAACAUAAUUGAGAAGUAAUAUUGUCUCAUUUUCCCAAAAUUUUGUACCUUAAUCUUUAAUUAUUAUUAAAUAUAUUCAAUCCAUGUGCCAUCAUAAAUAGCGUUCCUGCAUUCACAUGUUUCAUAGUUUUUAAUGCAUGAUUAUAUAAUAGUUCUAAUGACUGCAAGCUAAUAAUUAUGAUCAAUUUACCAUUUUAUUCAUUUUACUUUUUUGAUAUUGUAAUUAUUGUUCAUGUUUUUAUAUUGUUUCAUUGAUUUGUAUUAAAAAGACUCUAUUAAACUAUUUGCUGUUUAGCUUUGAUUAGCAUUGUAACAGGAGCUAAAACUUGAUUCAAUACAUUUGAAGUAAACUUUUAUGACACAGGUGAUCAUCUUUAAAACCAUUUCGAUAUUUAACUACUUUAAGUUGUAUGUUUCAUUAUGUUUUUGUUUCAAACUUUGGUUCAAAUAUUCUUUGAAAUCAUGUAUCUGCAUAUUACUGUAAUAAACAAUUUAUUUUCAAUAUAGAAAAUCAUAGAAUAAAUCGUUGU